ACUCACUCACUCACUCACUCACUCACUCACAGGAUUUCGAGUUGGAUAACACAGCGUAAUGAUUGGGAAGUGGUAACUCCCAAACUGAGAACACAGAGCUGUCCCCUUGGGGAAAAGCUCAGGGCUCGGGGCAGUGGACAAGUCCAGCUGAGGGCACAGUUGGCCUGAGCUGCUCUCUGUACAGGCAGAGGCCUUGGUAGCCGUUCGCUCCCUGUUGCUCUCUUCUGGCAUGGAGAGAUGAACCUGUAAUCCAAGUGUUAAAACGGUGCCCUGGGGGAAAACACCAUUAAUUCUGAAUCAUCUCUUUUGUUGCAUUAGAAAAAAAACAGAAGAGAAAAACUUCACAGGAGCCACUCAGGGUGUGCAGGCAGCUGUGUUUGUCAGGAAGGCAGAAGGAGUUGGCUUUGCUUUGGGGGAGGAGACCAGGUCCCACAAUACCCUUAGAGGGGUAUAUAAGGAGCCCCAGCUGGGGGGUGGCAGAUGCCCUGCUCUGAGUGCAGCCUGGCCCGGCACCUCCUGCCAGCAUCUCUUGGGCUUGUUGAGAACUCACUGGCACUGGCUACCUGGCCAUGACCACCACAUUUCUGCAAACUUCUUCCUCCAUGUUUGGGGGUGGCUCUAUCCAAGGGGGUUCCCUCCUGGCGAGGGGAGGGGGCUUUGGUGGGGGGAGUCUCUAUGGGAGAGGUGGAAGCCGAAGUAUCUCAGCUUCUUCUGCUAGGUUUGUCUCUUCAGGGUCAGGAGGGGCAUAUGGGGGUGGCAUGAGCAGUGUUGGCGGAGGGGCUGGUAGUGGUUUCAGUGGAGGCUUUGGAGGUGGCAUUGGUGGGGGUUUUGGUGGUGGCUUUGGUGGUGGCGAUGGUGGCCUCCUCUCUGGCAAUGAGAAGAUCACCAUGCAGAACCUCAACGACCGCCUAGCCUCCUACCUGGACAAGGUGCGUGCCCUGGAGGAGGCCAAUGCUGACCUGGAGGUGAAGAUCCGGGACUGGUACCAGAAGCAGGCCCCGACCAGCCCAGAACGUGACUACAGCCACUACUUCAAGACCAUUGAAGAGCUCCGGGACAAGAUCAUGGCCACCACCAUUGACAACUCCCGGGUCAUCCUGGAAAUCGACAACGCCAGGCUGGCUGCGGACGACUUCAGGCUCAAGUAUGAGAAUGAGCUGGCCCUGCGCCAGGGCGUGGAGGCUGACAUCAAUGGCCUGCGCCGCGUGCUGGAUGAGCUGACCCUGGCCAGAACUGACCUGGAGAUGCAGAUCGAGGGCCUGAAUGAGGAGCUGGCCUACCUGAAGAGGAACCACGAGGAGGAGAUGAAGGAGUUUAGCAACCAGCUGGCCGGCCAGGUCAACGUGGAGAUGGACGCGGCACCGGGCGUGGACCUGACCCGCGUGCUGGCGGAGAUGCGGGAGCAGUACGAGGCCAUAGCGGAGAAGAACCGCCAGGAUGCUGAGGCCUGGUUCUUCAGCAAGACUGAGGAGCUGAACAAAGAGAUGGUUUCCAACACAGAGAUGAUCCAGACCAGCAAGACGGAGAUCACAGACCUGAGACGCACGAUGCAGGGGCUGGAGAUCGAGCUGCAGUCCCAGCUCAGCAUGAAAGCUGGGCUGGAAAACUCUCUGGCGGAGACGGAGUGCCGCUAUGCCAUGCAGCUGCAGCAGAUCCAGGGGCUCAUCAGUGGCCUGGAGGCACAGCUGCGUGAGCUCCGCAGUGAGAUGGAGGCUCAGAACCAGGAGUACAAGAUGCUGCUGGACAUCAAGACGCGGCUGGAGCAGGAGAUCGCCACCUACCGCAGCCUGCUUGAGGGCCAGGAUGCCAAGAUGGCUGGCGCUGGCAUCAGGGAAGCCUCUUUGGGAGGUGGCGGUGGCAGCAGCAAUUUCCGCAUCAACGUGGAGGAGUCAGUGGAUGGAAAGGUGGUUUCUUCCCGCAAGAGAGACAUCUAAGUGCCCAUCGCAGGAGAAACGUCCCUCGACACCCCCUACUCUCAUCGGGCCAAGUGGAGGACUGGCCAGAGGUGCUGCAUAUGCAAACCCCAGUCCCUGCCUUCUGAGAGCUGGAAAAGGUCCCUCGGCAUCUUAUUUCAGGGCUUUGCAUGCGCUCUGUUCCCCUCUACCUCUCUCUGACUUCUUUAGAGCAAGGAGGUGCAAGAAGCAGCUGUAUUGUGUAAUGAGCUCAUUUGUACGGUGUCUGUUCCUGAAAUAAAGAAUUACUUUUCCUUUUGCAAAUA